AUGAAGUUUGGCGAGCUGCUCCAGGAGGGGGUUGUCCCCGAGUGGCGAGAUCAGUACGUCGACUACCUGAGGGGUAAGAAGCUUAUCAAGAAGGUUAAAGAGUGCAAACAGGCGUUGGACCAGGAUAAACCCCACGAAGGCACUCCCCUCGUUGAACCUCAACAGAACCCUAGUUACACCGAGGAAGGGGGGUUUGACCUGCUAGGAGACUCAGCCCUCCCUUCAUCAAGACACCAGCCUCAUGAAGGCCACCACGAAGCGCAUGCUCGUGGCGGUAGACUGUUGUGGUCGUUAUCGCAGAAACUGCUAAAGGAGAAACAGGAGGACUACGACGAAGCCCAGGAGAAUUUCAUGACUUGGCUCGACGACGAGCUUAGUAAAGUUGAUCUGUUUUAUUUGGAAAAGGAGCAAGAGAUCUACCGCCGGUUUCUCGUGCUUGAAGACCAGCUUUACCAAUUGAAAGAGCACCAAAAGUUCUCCCACGCCCAGCGCAAGGCGAAACUGUCGCUCGAACAGGAAGUAGAACUGACGUUCCACUUCCUUAAGCACAUGGAGCUCCCGUCGCUCCCGCUGAUGAAGUUUUUGGAGCCGCUUCUCCGCAACCCCAAAUCGAAAUCUCAUACGGCAUUAGACGACUACGACGUCAACUACCGAGAAAACUUAUACCGUAACGGCGAGAUCUCCACCGACGAAGAAAUCCUGGAAGAUGAACUGCUAUUGGCCCACGAACAGCAGCGUCCAAGCAGAGCAGUACUGCCCACAGGCACCACCGCCGCCGAAAACGCUCAGGCGGCUCGCAUCCGCAACCGUCGUGACUAUAUUAAACGCAAAUUCGGCACCCCGUACCAUGUGGCCAAGCGGCAGUUGCGCCAGGCGACGUUUGAGUUUUACCGCUCCCUCACUUUACUUCGCCUGUUCCGGAUCUUGAACCGUACGGCUUUCCGCAAAAUCACCAAGAAGUACGAUAAAACGUGCUCGACCUCGUUGUGUGAGGACUACAUGAAGGUUGUUGACAACCGGCUGUAUUUCCAGACCCUGGAUCUCCUUGAUAAGUUGAUUGCCCACGUUGAAGAUCUCUUCAUCACGUUCUUUGAACCGAGACUGGAUAAAAAGCAGUCGUUGGAAAAGCUCAAGCUGAUGGCGUUUGCGAUGUCGCUUGGCGAUAUGCGUCCGCAGACGUUCUAUAGCGAAUUGGGCGACUCGUCAUUUGCCCUUGGCUUUGGCAUACCACUUUUGGUACUAGCCAUUUAUCACGGUCUUGCCCAUACAUUUAACCACACCAUGCCCGAAGGACCUUAUUUGCUCCAGAUCUGGGGUGGGUUUCUUCUUUUGGCAUUGGCAUUCCUCAUGUUUGCCGUCAACUUCUGGGUGUUUGACUACUACAAGAUCAACUACAAGUUCAUCUUUGAGUACGACAUGCUGACCGCGCUCAAUUGGAAACAGUAUAUGUUGAUUCCCUCGAUCGGGUUUGCGCUUCUCACGCUUCUAGCAUGGUUCUCCCUCAAUAACUUCUGGCCGACACAGUUCCCCGGCCGCUACUGGCCGUGGAUUUUCUGGGGAAUCAUGAUGGUGGUGUUUAUUUGGCCUGGAAGCCAGAUGUACCCUGCUAGUCGGCGCUGGCUCCAAGUGGCAGUGUGGCGUAUUUUACUUUCAGGGUUAUACCCCGUUGAAUUCCGUGACUUCUUCCUAGGAGACAUCUUGUGUUCCCUCACCUAUGUCACGGGUAAUAUCUCGUUCUUCUUCUGUGUCUACGCUCAGCACUGGCGAGGCCUUUUGGGGAAACCGGGCUACAAAAACAAGUGCGGGUCGCUGAACCUGAGACUCAUGGGGUUCUUCAGUACCCUUCCUAGUAUCUUCCGGUGGCUCCAGUGCCUCCGCCGUUACAUGGACACCGGCGACUGGUUCCCUCAUUUAGCCAACAUGCUCAAAUACCUGGUGCUGAUGCUCUACCAGAUCUUGCUUUCAGUGUAUCGUAUCAACCGCACUAGCGAGAACCGUACCGUGUUCAUCGUGUUCGCCAGCAUCAACCUGAUCUACCUGGCGCUGUGGGACUUGAUGAUGGACUGGCUGUUGUUGCACUUCGGGCUGAAGAACUUCUUGCUUCGCGACCACUUAAUUUACCCUAACCACUAUGUGUACUAUGCGGCAAUGAUCUUGGACGUGGUGCUUCGGUUCCAGUGGGUCUUCUACGCCUGUUUCAGCAAUCAGAUCCAGCAGCUGGCGGCGACAUCGUUCUUAAUCGCGGUGGCAGAAUUGUUCCGCCGGUUUAUAUGGGUGUUUUUCCGGAUGGAAAACGAACACGCUACUAAUGUCACCACGUUUAGAGCGCUGAAGAACCUGCCGUUGCCCUACCCAGUAAAGACGGGAGUGGAAAAGGCCGUUGACCGGCUUGUGAGACUCCACUUCGUUCAGCACUCCGCUACCCACGACCUUGAACGCUUGAAGGACUUGGAACGCGUUAAUACUUCAACCAGUCGCCACAAGCAAACACCCUCCGUCAGCGAUACCGAGGUGGGCACGCCUAAACGCCGCAAGCUGACGAUAUUCAACAUCGGCGACCGCAUUAAUAAGGCCCACAUCAAGGACUUCCAGAGACGUAAGACGUUCCGCGACUACUCUGAUGAAGAAGAAGAAGAGGAAGACGACGACGACGAUGAUGCCACCCCCGCCGCUCAAUCCCCAUCAUGA